CAUCAAAUCAUCACCACCACCACCACACAGACACAGACACAGACAAAGAAAACGAAUGUUGAGUGGAAGAGAAGAGAACGUUGUAGCGAGUUAACUAACUCAGUGAGUGACUCAGUGCUGCAAUGUGUGUGAGAUCUCUGUGAAUUUUGCUGUUGCUACUACAAUGGGGAGUGUUUCGUCUGAGGAAGGUUCUGACCGAUGUGGGAGCUACAGCUUGAGCGCUGACGUCAGCGAAUCCGAGAGCUGUAGCAGCUUCCGCCGUUUCGACGCCGAGGGGGCUUCCAGCUCCGCCAACCUCUCUCCGCCUCCGCUUGCCGCCUCUCACUUCAACUUCCCGCCGCCGCAGGUGAUGUUGCCGGUCAUCGGUGGCAAGGAUGUCGUCGUUUGGGAUCACAAGCGUGACCUUGACUUGUCAGAAGUGGAGAUGAUGAAGGAGAGGUUCGCUAAGCUGCUUCUAGGGGAAGACAUGUCUGGUGGGGGAAAAGGGGUCUGCACUGCGCUUGCUAUCUCGAAUGCAAUCACCAACCUCUCUGCAACUGUGUUUGGCGAGCUAUGGAGGUUGGAGCCACUGGCACCGCAGAAGAAAGCCAUGUGGAGAAGGGAAAUGGAAUGGCUUUUAUGUGUAAGUGACUCAAUUGUGGAGCUUGUGCCGUCGGUGCAGCAGUUUCCUGGGGGUGGAACCUAUGAAGUGAUGGCUACGCGUCCUCGUUCUGAUUUGUACAUCAAUCUCCCGGCUUUGAAGAAGCUUGAUGGGAUGCUGCUUAGCAUGCUGGAGGGUUUUCAUGAUACUCAGUUUUGGUAUGUUGAUAGGGGGAUUAUAUUGGGCGAUUCCAAGGAUUGUGAUGAGUAUGGUAGACCUUCGGUUCGGCAAGAGGAGAAAUGGUGGCUUCCAUCUCCUAAGCUUCCACCAAACGGCUUGUGCGAGGAUGAUAGGAAGAAGUUGCAGCAGUGCAGGGAUUGCACCAACCAGAUACUGAAGGCUGCCAUGGCAAUCAAUAGUUCUGUUCUUGCUGAAAUGGAGAUUCCUGGUGCCUAUGUAGAAUCGUUGCCAAAGAAUGGGAAAGCUUGUCUAGGGGAUAUAAUCUAUCGGUACAUAAGUGCUGACCAGUUCUCAUCAGAAUGUCUCCUUGAUUGCCUGGAUCUUUCAUCAGAGCACCACACUCUGGACAUAGUUAAUAGAAUUGAGGCUGCUGUGAAUGUAUGGAGACUGAAGGACCAUAAGAAACAUCUAAGUUCUGUGAAAGCCAGACGGUCUUGGAGUGGGAAGGUUAAGGGCCUUGUUGCUGAUGGGGAAAAGCACCAUUUUCUUUCCCAAAGGGCAGAGACACUUCUACAAAGCUUGAAACACCGAUUUCCAGGACUCCCUCAAACAGCACUAGAUAUGGCCAAGAUACAAUACAAUAAGGAUGUAGGGCAGGCUAUUCUUGAAAGUUAUUCAAGGGUGAUGGAGAGCUUGGCCUUCAACAUAAUGGCCAGGAUUGAUGAUGUCCUUUAUGCAGAUGAUACUGUAAAACGAUGUGCAGCUGCAGAUUCUAUCCCUCUGUUCAGCAGGGGCGGUUUUGGGGGUCUUCCCAUGCAGAAGCGAAUGUCUCCUAGCCCCUUCUCAAUUCAACACAGCCCAUAUGCCUCUCCAUUUGCAACCCCAUCAUUCUGCUCCUCCUCUCCUGUUUCCGGGAGCCCUUGCAGUCCGCGGAGGACACGUGCUGUGAAGAAGAAUGCUCAGGCAACGGAAUCAAAGACCGAAAAGUUGGCAGCUGCUGAUUUUGAGAGGGUAUGGUCAUAUACGGGAAACCUGAGUGCAAGAAGAGCAACUGGUGAUGCUCCAGAAAGGGACUGAAUUAUGCAUCCUGAGCUAGUCAUCAAUCAUCUUUAGAUGUCUUCUAAAUGCGGAUCAGGCUAAAGCCUCUGGUCCUGUUCCCUGUAUAUGCGGGUCUAAUUUUUGUAUAUUCGUAGGUAGCACGAGUAGGAUUAUGUUGAAAGAUUAUUAGCAUGUUUGGAUCAGUUUUUUUUCCUUCAGAAUCAAUUUUGGAAUCCAGAAGCUACUCACAUAAGCUUCUCUCCAAAAGAGAUUUUGGCUUUAGAAUCAAUUGUAGAAUAAUUCCAAACAUGCAUUAUGCCAAUGGAUCAUCAGUUAAAAACGUUUCCUCACUAGUAUAAAAGUCCACUUUUCUAUAGGUCA